AUGCCUAAUGUCCAGAGGUUGAUUCAGCGUCUGGCGGGGUCGGGGGCGGUCACCCAUGGAGCGGUGACCACCACAACAACAACAAUCUCUACCCCAGGGUACACCGCCCCUCCUCACCUUGUGUAUACCUCGCAUGUGAUGACAGUGACGCCGACAGCCGUCGUGCAAAGGCCGAUUGCUGCCGUACCAAGGAGGGGUGUGCCGCCUCCACCUGGGUUCUUUGUGCUGCCGACCCCAGACUUCCGCUGCCCGAAAAGCUCUCCCCUGGACCUGCCACCGGUACCCAGGAUGUUGAUGGCUGAAGCUAAGCCUCCUGGGUUACCUGACUUGCCUGCCGUACCUGCCGCACCUGCCGCACCUGCCGCUACCGCUGUUCCUGCUGCUGGCCCAGCCGCUCUCGCCGCUCCUGCUGUUUCCGCUCCUGCUCGCGUCGAUCCUGUCCACGGUGCUGCUGCCGCAGACUCAGGUCCUUCCGGACAGCUCUCCAAGCCCGCUGGUUCUGCCAGCAAGGGAAAGAGGAGUGUCAUGUCUUCCUCUCCGGUGCCUGCAACUUCCUCGGUUUGCACUGGGAAGAGCGAGGUACAGCAGGGUGAUCGUGAGGGGCAUGCCCCGCACGAUCGCGUCACUAUGCUGUGCUCCUGCUGCUGGCGACGACCUCGGCCAGGUAUGGUUCUCGCUGGGUCUCCAGGGCACACCGAGCGUUCAGGGGCUGCUGCAUCAUCUGGCGGGUGCUGUUCUGGUCACCCAUGGAACGGUGAUCACUACCACCAACACCGUCUCGACCCCAGGGGCCCGUCUCACUCCGGUGGGACGGGGGGUUCUUCCGCUGGUCCUCCUGCUCCUACGGGAGCGGGGCCCGUCUCUCCUUCUGCAAGGAAGAAGAAGACAGGGACCAGAAGGGUACCGGCUAAUACCGGUACUUCCUUGCCUGGUGCUAGUGGUCCUACCUCUACACCAGGUUCCGGCUCGGCCUCUCGUUCGCGAGAGGUACCGAGUGUACGGUCUCCUGCAGGCGACUGUACAGCCAAGGCUCAGGCUUCCGAGUUCGCUCGGCGCCAGGACCAAGGCACGGAGAGGAAGGCUGGCGAGAGUCACUCAGGUGACUCUCGCCAGGCCAGCGAUUGCUCUCGUAGCAAACUGCAGGCUACCAGGGUUGCUGUGACGGUCCCAGACCGGCCAUGGGCUGAGGCUGAGAAGAGGUCCCCUCAAUCGCAGGAACCAGCCCUGGCUGGUUCCAGUGGUUCGACGCACCUUGAGAACAGGGAACCGGUCCCACCGCGACAGUGGUCUCUGCAGGUCUCCUGA